CUAUCACCAAUAAGGCAACGUAAAGGUGGGCAAGGCCAGCGGUUGGGGGGAACUUGAAAUGGCGACGUUUAUAUAAAUCUUGUGAAGUGACAGAAAUAGUUCUGUCCGUCGCUCGCUUCGCGUUACCUCUUGUGUGUUUGACAUCGCCAUAAAAGUUGAACAACAGUGAACAGUUUGGGUUUUUCUUUUACAAAUUGUUCUGACUUUUUCCUAGACUGAGGUGAAGUUUAUUUACUUGGAACAACCUACCCGUAUUUUUCUGAAUCAGAGUUUGGAUUAUUAGCACUGAAAAAAAGAAAGAAAGAAAGAAGAAAGAAAGAAGAAGGAAAGAACAGUUUUAAAGGAGAAAUAUGGAGGGUGUGUUAAACACGGACCCUCACCAUGACAUUAUGUCUGAGAACAUCAGUAAACCGAAACUGGCGUUUUCCAUUGAUAAAAUCAUGGAGCCAACACCCAAGAAACUGAAACCUUGCGAACCGACCCGCAACAACAACAACAGCAGCAACAACACCGUCGUCGUGCACCCAGUGAAGGUGUCGCCGAGGAAGGUGAACGCUGGGUGUGUGGACUUGAGCUCCUUUCUGCCCUACCAAGCUCUCUUCACUUCCUACCAACAGGCGGCGUACAACGGACUCCUGGGGGAGUGUGACCGGAGGGGCGCUGCUGUCCUAAACGUACCGGGUGCCCGGGACCACCCUAACAUAUUUCCGUACCUGCACCCGAUGUUCUCACUGGCCAGGAAUCAGUACGAAGAAUACCAGGCCCAGAUCUUACGGAAUUAUUCCCUACUUCACCAGAGUGCAUUUUUACCAAACAAGGACAGGCUGCUUUCAAAUCUGGAGAUUUUGAAGUGUUCCGGUGGUCUGACGUCGUCGCCGACGGUGAUGCCGGUGCACGCGAAACCCCUGUCUGUUAGAAAUGUUUUCCAACAACAACAACAACAACAACAGCAACAACAUCAUCAUCUACAACAGCAGCAAUCAAAUUUAAGAGAAAAGGCACCAGAUGACAACACAAAAUGUGAUGCUCCAAAAAAGGAAGGGAGAAAUGGUUUUGAAAACAAUGACAAAAACAAUCGUUUGCGCGAAUCGUCUUCGACUAAAGAUGCGAAUGGAAACGACAUUGAUAGGGAAUCCAGCGAAAACAAUAACAACAACAACAACAACAAUAACAAUAACAAAAAUUCUAACACAAACAAUAAUGAGUUGUUUAAAAAUAAAAAGCCACAAAAUAAAACUCAGAAAACAUUUACCUGCCCUGACUGUGGGAAGGUGUUUAACGCCCAUUACAAUCUCACUCGUCACAUGCCUGUCCAUACUGGCGCCCGUCCGUUCAUCUGUAAGAUGUGUGGGAAGGGUUUCCGACAGGCCAGCACCCUGUGUCGACACAAGAUCAUACACACGUCGGAAAAACCACACAAGUGUGCUACUUGCGGUAAGGCGUUCAACCGGAGCUCCACCCUGAACACGCACAUGCGGAUUCACCAGGGCUACAAGCCGUUCAUCUGCGAGUUCUGUGGCAAGGGCUUCCACCAGAAGGGCAACUACAAGAACCACAAGCUGACCCACAGCACUGAGAAACAGUACAAGUGCUCCAUCUGCAACAAGGCCUUCCACCAGGUGUACAACCUCACCUUCCACAUGCACACACACAACGACAAGAAACCCUUCACCUGUCCGGUGUGCGGCAAGGGCUUCUGUCGCAACUUCGACCUCAAGAAGCACAUGCGCAAGCUCCACGAUGGAACGGCCAUGCCCUCGCCGAGUCCUCAGGUGUCGCCGCUGUCUCCCAGUGGCAACCCGUCCCUCGGGAGCCCCAUCGGGCUGAUGUCUCCGUCGAACCACCCCCACGCCCACCAUCAUCACCACCACCAACAGAGUCCGCAUUCGGCGUUCCUGUCCCGGCCCGCGCUCUUCGCCCAGACAGCUUUGGGAUGUCAGCGAAGCAUGCUAAAUCCUUACAUGCUUGGACCAAAUGCGGCUUCUUUGCUGCAUAAAAUAUCGUCUAUUAUUUAGAUUGUGUUAUUUUUGUUAUAGGACUCCAUGUGUUUAAUUUUUUUGUGUGUUUUUUUGUGUGCUUGUGUGUGAAGAUUUGAACAGUAUUUAUAAUUAUAGACUGUGACUGUAUGUUUUUGUGAUACUUGAGUAUAAUUUUAUUAUUAUAGUUUUACAGAAUUAAAUAUAGGCAUGCAAGAGGACAAUAAUUGCAUGCAUGUUGGAAAUCGCACUUUGGGACUUCAGAUUCUAGUAUUUAUGUUAAACAUUACAGUAUCAUUGUGUUAUUUAGCCUAUGUAGAAUUUGACAAAACCAUCUGAUUCAUUUGGUAAUAUUUUCAAGGACGUACCAAGCCCAAUAUAGCUAUGCCAUAUGAGGUGGCAUCAGUAAAAGAAAGUAAGAUCUAAAAAAGAUGUGUGUUUCCGGGAACGUUUGGGGGGAGGGGGGAUGAGAUAUGGUAGGUCCGCUUUUUAAUAUCAACAGUUCCAGAUAAAAUAGUAUGCAUGUACAGUGCUUAAUCCUGUUGAGGUUCAGUUUUCUGUCGAUAUCUCAAAUUCUACUUUUUAGGACUUACUGGGGGAUUUUUUCUUAACACUGAAGUACUCUUUUCAUCUACAUAAUUAAUUAAAACGAAAUAGAAGAAAACAAUAUGGUCGGGUUCCCGAAAACACACAAUUUUUAGGCCUAAUAUAGAGACAUUUUUAGCCAAAGGAAAACUAAUUGUUUAAAAUUUUAAUUUAAAAAAGUCAAUUUUAUAUAUUUCUUGGAUCUACUGCUGUUGUCAUUGUUAACCUCUACAACCCGGCAACGUACGGCCCUGAAUGUACAAAUGAAUGAACAGCAAGAGAGAGAGAGAGAACGAAGAAGAAAAAAAAAAGUCUGUAAAUUUCUUACAAAAGAAAAACCUGUUUAAAUUAUUUUUGUUAUUUUAUUCAAUUGGUGUGCCAUAUUUUCACAAACGAUUUCCCAAAAACUAACAAUUAUAAGAAGUGCUUUGAAUUCGGCUCGUGCCAGGCACGUGCUGUGUUCUUUGAUUAAACGUGAUUUUCAUGAAUGUUCGAAACAAAAAGACUGUUGUGUCUGACAUACUGCCGGAUCGAUCUGGUGAGUUUUUUUCUGAAUUAAAACUGUUGGCAAUCCGA